GCAAAUUUAGGAUUUAGGAGGUUUGUAGGGUAGGACAUAGGAGAUAUAAAUUAAGGGUAAAAGUGUAAAAGCAUGGAUAAAAUUGGGCCCAUAGAGAAGUGGGUGAAUGGUAAACUGAAAUCCAAUGGGCCAGAGAUGAAGUCCAGUUGAGUUUCAGACAGGUGGAGAAGAAGGAAGAAGAAGAAGAAGAAACCUCUGAAGAAGACAACUUGGUGUUUAUGGUGGAAGUAGUGUUAGAAUAGAGACAUCACAAGGGUUGUUCGUUGCGUGCUGAAAUUCUUGAACUAGAAAUUGAAAUCAAAGAUGCUACGAAUAUGCAUACGUGUAAGAAUAUCAGAGACAGAGAAUCCGGGAAAUUACGAGCAGAUUCUUUCGCUAAUCGCAUAAAAUCCAAUCGCAUUUCUCAACUCGAGCUUUCAAAUCACAAAGAACUCGUUUCUCCUCACAAAGGCGCAAUCAACUCUCUUCAGAUUGAUUUGACAGAGGGAAGAUAUUUGUUAUCUGCUGCAUCGGAUGCAUCGGUUGCGGUUUACGAUGUUCAACGGCCGAGUGGUUAUGAAGGAAACGGUGUGAUAUCCAAACAUAGUUCAUUAUUUGUUGUUGAUAAGCAGCAUCAAUUAGGUCAUAAAUAUGCAGUUUCUUCAGCUAUAUGGUAUCCCAUUGAUACUGGCUUAUUCGUCACUGGUUCAUAUGAUCAUUAUGUUAAUGUUUGGGACACUAAUACCACUCAGGUGGUGGUGAAUUUCAAAAUGCCUGGAAAGGUGUACAAGACUGCAAUGUCCACAUUGUCAACAUCUCACAUGCUUAUUGCUGUUGGAACUGAGGAUGUCCAAGUUCGUCUUUGUGAUAUUGCUUCUGGGGCAUUUGCUCAUACUUUGUCUGGUCAUCGUGAUGGUGUAAUGACUGUUGAAUGGUCUGCUUCAAGUGAAUGGAUCUUGAUUACUGGGGGGUGUGAUGGUGCAAUACGUUUUUGGGACAUCAGGCGUGCCGGUUGUUUCCAAGUUUUAAAUCAAUCUCGAACGCAGCUUGGAAGACGUCCACCUAUACUCAAACGUUCUGUGACAACUAAGGAUUCAAGUACAAAAGUGCGUUCUGCACAGAAGAAAUUUGGCAAUGGCAGUGGCAGUGGACAACUGCCGAUAGGCAGGCUAUCAUCCAAGGGGCAAUUGAAGCAGAAACUACAUCCAGGAUUGCUUUCUACUCAGGAUCGUGCAACUGCUCAUUAUGGUGCUGUGACAGGAUUAAAAGUAAUAGAUGACGGCAUGUAUCUCUUAAGUGCAGGAUCUGAUUCAAGAUUGAGGUUAUGGGACGUCGAGUCUGGCUGUGACACACUUGUGAACUUUGAAACAGUCCGCUUGCAAACAAGCAAACCUAUUCAAUUAGCUACGACUCAAAAUUCGGCCCUUGUUUUUGUUCCUUGCAUGAGAGUUGUGAAAGCAUUUGAUAUGUGGUCGGGGAAUGUGCACAUGGUAUUACGUGGACACUAUGAAUCUGUGAGCUCCUGCUGCUUUAAUCAACAAGAUCAGGAGUUGUACACAGGUGGAAAUGAUAGACAAAUUCUUGUAUGGUCACCUGCUAGGUCAAUUACUGAUGAAAUGGACGAAGGAGCUCCCGAUGACCAGGAUAGCUGGAGUAACUGAGUUUCACCUCCAUUUGUUUCAACCUGUUAUCCUUGCUCAUAAUCAUCCUGCAGUUUGUAUUUUGCAUGUCUGUGGGAUUUGUAAAUAAAGAUUGUUCUGGUGUUUUGAAGCAUAGGUGUAAUGCUUAGACGGACAAAACUGCAAAAUUGUGUAUACUAGUAGCCCAUUGCUUUUGUUGAUAGAUUUAUUUUUCUUUCGAUUUUCGUCUUCUUUUAAACUUAGUGUAAAUAUCAGCAUGUUUGCUUCCUUUCCUGGUUAAUGGUUUGCCAUAAAAAAGGUUGUAUGCUUAUGUGCAAACUGAAAUGACAUUGCUAUUAUCCUUUAUUAUAAUUCUUUAUACA